AUGGCGACUCCUAGCAGGGUGAAGACCACGGCUCAGAGCAGCGCCCUUCUUCUCGAGAAGCUGUCGGCCGUCCUGCCCAGGGGCUACCGCUUCGGCGUCUACCACCUCUCGACUCCGCCCACCAAGACCGACGCUCUCUAUUCGGCGCCGCCGGAGGAACGCGAAGACAAGACGUACUGCGAGAGGCAUUUCCUCGCCAUCUCCAUCGAUGUUCCCGCCAGCACCGCCCAGACCGACAAGCCGACGAAAGACGACGCCUCGAAGCCGGUCCUCGUCCUCGCCUUGGAGGUCUUCAUCUACACGACGGCACACUCCAGCACUUUUUUUGUCUCAAAAGCCGAUUCGACCGGCUACCUGAAGCUGCUCAACCUGCCCAAGGGCACCCCUUCGCCCAUUAAAGAAAUCAGCAGUGUUUUCGUCUCCUAUCUCGUCGAGCAGCGCAGUCGCAAGGGCAUCCAAUCCGUCGUCAGCCUCUUCGCCCGUGCUCAAGAUCAAUACCUCUUUCCCGGCAGCGUCGAGUACAGCGGCAAGCAUGUUCUCGACGACAGAGGACUCGUCAAAUGGUGGUGCAAGGUUCUGGACCCCCUCCUGGAGAACAACACCCCCGUGGGCAAGGGUGCACCAUGGGGUGGCGUCAAAGGAUAUCUCGUGAUCCCCGGGCUCGACAGCUACGAGACGAAGGCUUUUUUGCCAAAGACCCCCAGCAGCGCCGCCAAUUGGGUGCUGGGACACGCCCUCGAGAAGAUUUCGCAUUAUACCAAGGAGUACGACUGGGUGCCCGCGCGAUGCCUUAUUCCCCGCUUUCCAGACGACCCCAAGUCGCGAUUCCGAGACGAAUUGGACGAGGAGACUGGAAAGUCAAAGCAGCUCAAGACCACGGGCCAAUGGAAGAGCGUCAAGAGCUUGGAGACCUUCUGGGAGAUGAUGGCGUACAGACAGGAGUGUUCCAGUGGGCGUCUGACUGGUUUCAUAUGGGUCGUAUUUGACCCGGAGGUGGAAAAGGUCUGCCAGGACAAUGCCACGACGGCCUUGCCGACACAGAACCCUUCAUUUAGUGCUUCCAACCCUCCAGUGACACCGAACAAACAGAAAUCUGCCCGGCUGACGACGCCCAUGUCUACGCCACGCAAGCUGUUCCCUCCAACAUCGCCUGGUACAUUAUCGAAGGCGAAGCUGGAAAAGCACGAGCGAAAGAACAACAAGAAGAACAAGAAGGCGAAAUUAUCGGGUGUCAUCAAGCCUCGGCAACCGCGCAUCAAGACCCAACAGCGCAACUAUCUGCUAGAUAAGCCCAUUUCCACCGCUUACUAUUAUUGGCCGGCAGAAGGCAGAGGUCGCAAGAUUGUCGACGAAAACGAUUACAAGCGGGUCAAUGAGCUUCUGCUGCACUUGGACUUUGCAAACCUUGAUAUUGCCACCAGUAGCACCAGGCGAUGGAUCAGCGAAGUCGGCAUUGGAGACUCAUGGGGCUUGGAGGUUGUAGGCACACGGGAGACCCCGGUCCCUUCGCCAAGCCAGCCGUCAGCUGGGGCCGUGAAUAAUCUACCAGGUCUGGUCAAGCGCAAACGCCCAGAAGAGUCGCCUGCUAUUGGGUCGGGUGAGCCGGCGAGCAAGGUUAAUGUCCUGAGCACGGGGCUCAUCCGAAGGAAGUCCAAAGAAGCGACCCCGAGUGUCGACGCGACCAAGGCGAACAACGGUGAACCCCCGAAGGUCAACGUGCUCGGCGCUGGGUUGGUCCGCAAGAAAACGUAA